GUGUUGCCCUGCCUUAUAACACAAACAAGGAACGGACUCAGAAACAGAGACUGACAACAGCCUCUGUCGCCGAAAAUGGCUUACUUCAAUGCCCGACGCUCUCUAGCAACUCUCCUAACCCGCACUCUCUUUUCUGCUUCUGCUUCUUCCUCUCUCUCUUCUCGUUCUCGCAUAGCCCUCGCUCUCCUCAACAACUCCCCUAUUUUUAUCCCAAACACAGUCAAAAUCCUGACCCGGACCAAGAUAUCAGGGUCCGGCUACUCGCCUUUGAACGACCCAUCUCCGAACUGGAGCAACAGACCUCCAAAAGAAACGAUUCUUCUCGACGGGUGCGAUUAUGAGCAUUGGCUUAUUGUUUUGGAGUUCCCAGAAGACCCAAAGCCUUCUGAAGAAGAAAUGAUCUAUGCCUAUGUCAAAACGCUAGCUUCUGUUGUUGGCAGUGAAGAGGAAGCGAAGAAGAGGAUAUACUCGGUUUGUACGACGAGGUAUACAGGGUUUGGUGCAUUGAUUUCUGAGGAGUUGUCUUAUAAAGUUAAAGGGUUACCUCAUGUACUUUGGGUUUUACCGGAUUCGUAUCUUGAUGUUCCAAACAAAGAUUAUGGAGGGGAUUUGUUUGUUGAUGGGAAAGUCAUCCAUAGGCCACAAUAUUCAGGUUCAGUGCAGCCAUCUGGUAGCAGGGUUCGUGGACGGGGUGAAAGGCAUAUAAGAAGAUAGCCAUUGGAGACUACAGCGAGGAACAACCUGUCACCACCACCAUCAUCAACUUCCUUUUGUUUGGUUCUGUGUGGAGGCUAAGGUUUCUCCUUGAUGAAGGGAACUUAACAAGAAGAAUGCCCAUGAGUUGAAAGUGUAGAUACCUUAAUUAGGUUUUAUUGCUAGUCCUGUUGUCCAAAUAAACUCUUCCCACAUAUCUUGUUUGAUGGUGAUGACUCUGCUCUUGCUCUUAUGUCACAUUAACAUACUUUGGUUAAUGGUUAUGCAUUUUUAUCUAGCAUCUUUAUGAAAGUUGGAAACGUGAAAAUUUGCUGUUA